AUGACAAAGGAAGAUCCCAGACUGCUAGAAUGCCUUGAAUUGGUAAGAGAUAGGUUAUUUUCGGUAAAAAAAUGGGACGAAACGGUGCUUUCAAGCACAAGUAAGAGUGGUGAGUUUCCCAUGGAUAUCAUUGAAGCGCUUUCCUCGAGAGAAGCGGUGGGACUGAGCGGGGAGAUCGUGGUCAAGAAAUUGUUUACAGAAGCAGGGCAAGAAGUAGAUGAAACCGUGAAAAUCAUGCGGUUUGCGAUACUUAUGGACCUCUGUCAUCACAUGAAAUGUACCGCAGGCAGCACCAGCAACGAGGAGAACGUGAGGAUCUGGACAUUAGCUUUCUUCGACCUAUUCAAGAUGAGCCUGAGCCUUCUACAGCUUCCGGGGGGCCAUUUGCGUUUUUGGACCUAUAUCGAGUCUCGCACGCACUGGUUCAGAGCAGGAUUUUCAAGCGAAGAGUCGUUGCAGCAUGGACAGACCUCGCUGAGCGCUAUCAAGGCCCCUUUCGCAAAAGUAACAUUUCAGAUCAAUAAAAUGCUUCUGGCAUUGCGAGUAAACUCUAAGCUCGCUACUCCUGCUCACCAUGAGCUCAGCAUGAAGAUCAAUCUAUUCCUGUGCCAAUGUCUGUCUCCAAUGGAACAAGCAAAUACAAACAAACGUGGUAACAUCGCAAAAGGUGCUCCAGACCAAUUAUGGGAUGCCAAGAAGGGCGACAAACGCGGCUCAGCGUUCUACUCCGACUUUCAGAAAGUAAAACAGGAAUUUAUCGAAAAUUCGGUACUGUGGGCAUUUUCGGAUGCCCACCAGAGGCUAAGCUUACAGGACUACCUUCUGCCUGUGAUGGAUGAGAUUUUGAUCCACGAGUCUGAUUUCUACAAUCAUAUCAAGACGAGGAAGGUGCGGCUGGACCGACUGAACCAAAAAGCACAUCAACACCCACUUAAUACCUUUGAGGCUUCCGAAAGAGAAUCGAAAAAACACUUUUCAGAAUGGCCAACUAACCCUUUGGCACUUCGGUCUCUCAUGCUCGACCAACCGGACUGGGAUCCAGAGCUAACGGUUUCGCAACUUCAAGAUCCAUUUAACGACUUUUUCCGGAAAAAGUUCGUUACGGAACUAGCCAUUGCUUCCAACCUUGUCCAUAAAAUAUUAACAGAUGAAGCAACGAGAAAUUUCUAUCGAAUUCACUGUGACAGAAGUAGCGGAAUGAGGACAAACGAAGAAGAUGACAGAAGUACUGCUGCUGCAUUGCGGGAUAUAUCUCAACUGAUAACGACUAGGGUCAAACAAUUCUACAUCAACAGAGAUACCAAAUUCCAGAGGCUUCUCUCCGACCUGAUCGAAGGAGACAAUUCCUUGAUAGAUUUGAAGGUUAAAAAGGGGUUCAAGAUUUUCAGCGACUUCAAGUUUCCAAGCGGUGAUGAAGAAUCAUACUCCAUUCCUGACUUCUCGUUCAAAAGUUUUGGUUGGAUUAAGCUAGGCAAUAAGAAGUUGGAUAAUGCUUGGAAAAUAAAAACCGGUCUAGAAUCAAUCGAAAGCAGUGUUUGCAGCUCACAAGAGAUCUAUGAUCAAUUGCAGAAUAGAUAUCGAGAGGAAACUUUUGAAGAAUCAGAUUUGUCCAAUGGAGAUAAGACUGUCGAACAGUGGAAGCAAAUACGCCGCCUGCGGCCAAAAUUCCUUUUUCAAUUGAGCAAUGUUGAUGAAAAAACCGGUAUCAAUGGGCUAUUCGACUCCAGGUUAAUUCAGAAAUCUCGGGAAAAUAAAAACCAAUUAGCUUCGAAAGUACAGGUUGCCCAAGAAUACUUCGAAGCGCAAAAGAAGCGCAAGCUAGAAUCCGUGGAGAAUUCCGAUGAACCUCCAACCAAGAAGCAGGAUUUGGGAAAAACGACUAACAUAUCGACUGAACAAAAAUCAGAUAUCGAGGCAACUUUUUCCACCCACAUAACCCCUGAAUCAAAAAAAGGUGAAGACACUGAGAUUAAGACAGAAGAACCUCAUUCGCACACUGAGGAUGAAACGAAAGCGGAAAAUAAGCAAACAUCACCAUCGGCUGAACUUUCAAGCGUAGAGGAGAAUGAGCAUCCCAAAGACAACACAGCAAGCCAAGCGAAGAGUGAGCUUCAAAACACAGAUAGCAUCGUUCAUGCAGAGAGAGAGGAUUCACUUAAACUGUCCAAAGAAGAAGAAAAAAUCUUAGAUCUAGAGCUCGGUGACAAAAAGACACUACAAACAGGGCCCUGA